GUUACACUAGUACUACUACUACAAAGCUACUGAUUCCAUGGGUCUUACAAUAUCUUCCCUUUUCACAUCGUUGUCAUCGCUGGUACGAUGGAGCAAAGACCAAGAUGUCCGUAUACUCAUGCUUGGCCUCGACUCGGCUGGAAAGACGACAAUCCUGUACCGAUUGCAGAUUGGAGAAGUGGUUUCUACAAUCCCGACAAUCGGCUUUAAUGUAGAGACCGUUCAGUACAAAAACAUUAAGUUCCAAGUAUGGGACCUUGGAGGACAGUCUAGCAUACGGCCAUAUUGGCGAUGUUAUUUCCCAAACACAUCUGCGAUCAUAUACGUCAUUGAUUCUUCGGAUCAUGCACGGUUGACGACGUCACGGAGUGAACUGUUGACCAUGCUUUCGGAAGAUGAACUCAACGGCGUGCCACUCCUUGUAUUCUGCAACAAGCAAGACGUCGAAGGUGCACUAAAACCCGAAGAUAUCAGCGAGCAACUUGGUCUUGCAGGUCGCGAGACGUCAAGACCAUGGAGUGUGCGUGGAAGUUGUGCGACAGAGGGGCAAGGUCUAGAGGAAGGAUUAGACUGGUUGGUGAAUGCAAUACAGAAAAAGUAGAAUACGUGGCUGUCCUCGCACACGUACAACUUCAUCGUCUCUUGCAUAUUUCUUUUGGUCGUCUUUGGACAAUGGUAUACCCAUUGGUACAGCAAACAUAAUUACAUUCGUCCCAUAAUUUGCGCUAUAGAU